UCACAUAUGGGGUGGGAGAGAAAAUAACAGCAGCAGAUCGGCAAGGAAAGGGUGAGGAAUUCCUGCUUGUUCCCACCUCGAGACUGACCCGCGGAGGGGAGCGUGAGGGGCAAUCCUCGCUCUGACUGGAGAUGUGCUGCCUUUUCCGCAGGGGGCGUCGUUGGGCUUGGGUGGUGGCUGCGAGUACGGCUUGGAGGAGAGGCGAAAGUGCAAGAGGUCACCUUAAGGCUCUUUAUUUUUGUGAGUGCAGCACAUAAUGCCUACUGAUCCUGGUGGCCAUUGAGAAGUCAUCCGCACUUGCUUGAGUUUUAAGGACAUCUCCACUCUGCCUGAAGUUACUGGCUAGAAAUCACCCAGGCUGCCAGCUUGAACCUGGUGUCUGACUCCAUUAUCCUUCCCUGCUUUUCCUUCACUACUUCUGGUUCCUGCUCCUCUGGGUCCCCACUUGCUGCAGCCGCUUCAAAAGCCCUUUUCUGGGCUCUUCUUCAGUUCCUGCUUCUCUGGAUCCCCGCUUGCUGGAGUUGCUGAUGUGUGAUCAGAAUGAGUGGAUUAGGGGAGAACUCCUUGGACACCAUGACCAGUGAUUCAAGAAAACGCAAGCCAUUGCCCUGUGAUACCCCGGGACCAGGUCUGAUCUGCAGUGGAGAGAAACGUCGACGUGAACAGGAAAGCAAAUACAUUGAAGAACUGGCUGAGCUGAUAUCCGCUAAUCUGAGUGACAUUGACAAUUUCAAUGUCAAACCGGAUAAAUGUGCAAUUUUAAAGGAAACUGUUAGACAGAUACGUCAGAUAAAGGAACAAGGAAAAACAGCUUUCACUGAUGAUGAUGUCCAGAAGGCUGAUGUAUCUUCGACAGGUCAAGGAGUUAUUGAUAAGGAUUCAUUGGGACCUCUUCUUUUACAGGCAUUGGAUGGCUUCUUAUUUGUAGUAAAUCGAGAUGGGAACAUUGUAUUUGUAUCUGAAAAUGUCACUCAGUAUUUGCAAUACAAACAAGAGGACCUGGUUAAUACAAGUGUUUACAGUAUAUUGCAUGAAGAGGACCGGAAGGAUUUCCUUAAAAAUUUACCAAAAUCUGCAGUGAAUGGAGUUUCUUGGACCAAUGAAGCACCUAGACAGAAGAGUCAUACAUUUAAUUGUCGCAUGAUGGUGAACACAGUACAUGAUCUUAUGGAAGAUGUAGGGAACAAUCAGGAUACACAUCAAAGAUUUGAAACCAUGCAGUGUUUUGCUUUAUCACAACCAAGAGCUAUGCUGGAGGAAGGUGAAGAUUUGCAGUCCUGUAUGAUAUGUGUGGCACGUCGUAUCUCUACAGUUGAAAGGGUAUUUUCACCAAACACAGAGAGCUUUGUUACUAGGCAUGACCUUUCAGGUAAACUUGUUAACAUAGAUACAAAUUCUCUAAGGUCCAUGAGACCUGGAUUUGAAGAUACAAUCCGUCGUUGUAUUCAGAAAUUUUUAUGUCAAAAUGAAGGACAGCCCUGGACAAACAAACGCCACUAUCAUGAAGCUUAUAUGCAAGGCCAUGCCGAAACUCCACUCUAUCGAUUCUCCUUAGCUGAUGGAACAAUAGUGACGGCACAGACAAAAAGCAAACUGUUCCAAAACCCAGUUACCAAUGACCGGCAUGGGUUUAUUUCCACCCACUUUCUUCAAAGAGAACAAAAUGGAUAUCAACCAAAUCCCAAUACAAUGGGACAGAACAUUAGAGCAUCUACAACUGCCAAUACAAAUUCAGUCACUGGUGUUAUGAAUAUGUCAUCUGGGCAAAAUAUACCUUUGCAGAACAGAAACUAUGGCAUGGGAGAUCCUAACUUAAUGGGACAGAUGAGUGGUGCUAGAUAUGGAGGUCCUGGAAAUAUGGGAUCUGCAAACUCUGGACAAGAAAUGCAGUCUUCUCCCUAUCAGAGUAACUAUGGAUUAAGUAUGGGCAGCCCACCACAUGGCAGCCCAGGCUUAACUUCCAGUCAACAGAAUUUAAUGAUAUCCCCUAGGAAUCGUGGGAGUCCAAAAGUGAAUUCACGCCAAUUUUCUCCUGCAGCAGGUGUACACUCUCCAAUGGGAACUGCCAGCAACACUAGCAACAACAAUUUUUCAAGCAGCUCACUUAGUGCUCUUCAGGCCAUUAGUGAGGGGGUUGGAACUUCCCUUCUGUCUACUGUUUCUUCACUGGGUCCAAAGCUAGACAAUUCUCCAAAUAUGAAUAUUUCUCAGCAAAGUAAAAUGGGAAACCAGGAUUCAAAAAGCUCUCCUGGCCUGUUUUGUGAGCAAAAUCAAGUGGAGAGUUCUAUGUGUCAGUCAAACAGCAGGGACUCCCUUAGUAACAAAGAUAGCAAAGAGGAGAGCCUUGAAGGCUCUGAUCAGAGGAGACCACCUGAAAGCAAAGGGCAUAAAAAACUUCUCCAGUUGCUAACUUGUUCCUCAGAGGACAGGGGCCAUCCUGUACUGUCAAACUCUCCCUUGGACUCUAGUUACAAAGAACCUUCUACCAAUGCUACAAGCCCUUCAUCUGGAGUCUCAUCUUCUACAUCUGGAGGGGUCUCUUCUUCAUCAAACAUGCAAGAGAAGCAUAGGAUUUUGCAUAAAUUGCUGCGGAAUGGUAAUUCUCCAGCAGAAGUAGCAAAAAUCACAGCUGAAGCUACAGGUAAAGAUACAUACCAUGAUAGUAACCCUGUUUCCUGUGGAGAAGGAACAGUCAAACAGGAACAAAUGAGUCCUAAAAAGAAAGAGAAUCAUGCUCUCCUUAGACACUUGCUUGACAAGGAUGAUGGAAAGGAUCAACUUUCAAAAGACAUUAAACCUAAAAUAGAAAGUUUGGACAGCAAGAUGGGACAGUGCUGUAGUUCUGCCAUACCUACUUCAAGUCAAGAAAAAGAGAUGAAAAUAAAAACAGAACCCACAGAAGAGAUGAGCGGAGAUUUGGUGGAUAAUUUAGAUGCAAUUUUGGGUGAUCUGACUAGCUCAGAUUUUUGCAGUAAUCCAGUGUCUACAAAUGGAAGUAAUAUGGGGAAUAAGCAACCAUUGUGCCAAGAAAAUGCACCAUUAGGUAUGAGAAGUCCCCAAUCUGUGCAGAACACCCGCCCUACUUUCAACAGAGCCAUGUCUUUAGACAGUCCCAUAGCAGUGGGUUCAAGCCCAUCACUGAGGAGUGUCAAUACAUUAUCCGUAUUACAGAAGCAAAACAUGAUGGGUGGGAGUCCAAGAAUGAUUGAAAAUCCAGAAAAUUUUGGAACAAAUAUGGGAGGAUCUGAUAGAACUAUGUCUGUGAAUCAGCAUUCAGCAAGUGACUGGAGCCUACAAAACUCAAAAGUGAGCAGGAUGGAACCUAUAAGUUCUGGUUCAAUGACGAGACCAGGGCUAGAUUGCAACCCAUCCCUUGCCAGAUCUUCAGUUGGGGGGCCCAUGCCUGGUUUGCCCAUGAGGUCAAAUAGUAUGCCUGGCACCAGAUCCAUGCUCCAGAUGAUCCAUAUGAGGCCAAAUGAGAUGAAUAUUGGUAUGGGAGGAAAUCCUUACGUGCAUCAAGGACCGUCUAACCAUCCAAAUGCAUGGCCUGACAGCAUUCUAUCAAUGGAACAAGGACCUCGAGGUUCACAAAACAGGCAGCUAGUUAGAAAUUCUUUGGAAGAUCUCCUAUAUACUGCUCCAAACGUUGAUGGCCAAAGUGAUGAAAGGGCUCUGCUAGAUCAAUUGCACACAUUGCUGAGUAAUACAGAUGUCACCAGUCUUGAAGAAAUUGAUAGGGCCUUAGGAAUUCCUGAUCUUGUAAAUCAAGGGCAAGCUUUGGAACCCAAACAAGAAUCAUUUCAUAGCCAAGAAUCUACUGUAAUGAUUGACCAGAAGCCUCCAGUGUAUGGUCAGCCGUACCAGGGCCAGGGAGCAGCCAUGUCAGGAGGUUUUAAUAGCAUGCAGGGCCAACAGGCAGCUUUUAACUCUGUGAUGAGUCAGAUGAAUCAGCAGAGCAAUUUUCCAAUGCAAAGUAUGCAUCCCAGAGCAAAUGUUAUGAGGCCCAGAACCAGCACACCAAAGCAACUGCGAAUGCAGCUCCAACAGAGGCUUCAAGGGCAGCAGUUUUUGAAUCAGACUCGUCAAACACUUGAUAUAAAAAUGGAGAACCCCAGCCCUGGCAGUGCAUCGGGAAUGAGACCAGUCAUGUCCCCACAAAUGGGAUCACAACAGCAAGGCUUCCUUAAUGCCCAGAUGGUGGCGCAGCGAAACAGGGAGUUAAUAAGUCACCACAUCAGGCAGCAAAGGAUGGCAAUGAUGAUACAGCAGCAACAGCAGCAAUCUCAAGCCUUCAGUCCUCCCCCAAAUGUGACCACCUCAGGAAGCAUGGAUGGUGCUGUUACCGGCCCUCCAAUGGCACCGGUCCCACCCCAGCAAUUUUCAUACCCAUCAAAUUAUGGAAUGAGCCCGCAGCCAGAUCCUGCCUUUAGCAGGGUAUCAAGUCCACCCAAUUCCAUGAUGGCUCAAAGAAUUGGACCCUCACAAAAUCCCAUGAUGCAGCAUCCUCAGGCUACACCAAUGUAUCCAUCUGCUGAAAUGAAAGGCUGGCCAUCAGGAAGUAUGGCCAGAAGCAGUUCUUUUCCACAACAGCAGUUCAGCCAUCCAGGGAAUCCUGCAACUUAUAAUAUGAUGCACAUGAACAGCAACGGUGGUCACAUGGGACAAAUGAAUAUUAGCAACAUGCCUAUGUCCGGGAUGCCCAUGGGUCCAGACCAGAAAUACUGCUGACAUCUCCUGCUAUAAUCUGCUAAUAGGCUGAUGCCAUAGAUAAUGGUGAACCAAGUAUUAGAAAGAAGUACACAAGAACUUCAUGGCAACGUGUAUUAGCCUUAUGGAAAUAACACUUCUUUUUACAUGAAGAUGUCCUAAGUGACUUCAUAAGUUAUGGACCUUUGAGUGGUGGGGGGUAGGAGGAGGGGUACAAGCAAAGUAUCACUGUAUAAUGUAAAAAAGGACAAUUUUUUGGCACUCUGCCUUUAGCAACGUGAAUUUGGCAAUGGCAUUUGAGUAAAUAUGAUGGGUAGACAGUGUGUACCAGGUCUAUUUACUGUAGCUACCCAAAGCCCUUAACUACAGGCAGACCAAAGUGCCUGGAGAAAUCUUGGCAAUAGUCUUGAGUUCUCUAGCAAGAGCCUCUGACAGAAUGUAGUUCCUGGCCUUGAUUUAAAAACAACGCAACACACUGAACAUUCAUGCUGCUGUUAAUCUGGGCUCCUACUGGGAGGAAGGGCAGAAUAUAAAAUAAAUAAAUAAAGACUCUCACUCACAGAUGUUGGAACGCUGAUGUGAAAGUGGCAAUGCAAAUGAGCUGUUGCAGUCUCUGACAUCAUGCUCUUUGAUGCCAAAGGGAUAUGCAGAGAUUAAGUACAUAGAAUCAUGACAAAAGAUUUCCAUACUGAUGUGCAGUUUUGUGCACUUUAUUAAAUGCUGUACGUAGUGGGUUAAUGCAAUAUCUUUCACAAUGAAUCAAUGGAUAUUAAAGUAGAUGAGUUCUUGCCCCCUUUUAAGCCCAGUCUAAAUUACUGUUACAUAAUGUCUCCAAUAUGGAAUUUUGAGCAAUAAUCUUACAUCUUUUUUGCCAUUAAAUGUCAUAAAACUCAAGGCAAGGCAUUGCAGUUUGAAGAGAAAUUCUCUUUGUGAAUAAGUUUUGUAAAUAUGAUCUUAAGAUGUUGUACUAUAUAUAUAUGACUUUUGUAGGUCACUAACUCAUUUUUGCAGAGUUCGUGAAGCUAAAUAUUUAACAAAUAUAAUUUCUGUAAACUCAAGUUUAGUCAAAGUUGUCCAAAUAGAAGAUUUUUUAAUUUAAAUGGUUUUGGAGUUGGGUAACUAUGGCCUUUAUCUUCUUUUCAUUGGUCUCUGACAGUUUAUUUAGAACUUCAUGUAAUAGCGUUUUAAAAGAUCAUUUGUUCAUAUUUUAGCAGUCUUUUUAAUAUUUUCUCUACACCUUGUGUGCACUUUGUUACUUUUUUCUUAUAGAGGGCAAUUUGAUGACAAAAAGGCUCUUUUUAGCUGUCAUAACAAUUUGUGGAAUUUUUAAUAUAACCUGUCUUUUCAAUGAUAGAGCCUCUGCUCUAGGACAUUUGGUUAACUUUUAAUGAAGCCUCAGUCGAGUUCUGAACAUGUUUUUAUAUAUGUUAAGUGUCUGUUAUCAGAAAGCACACCUGAUGAUGAAUAAUUACCCAAAAUUAUUUGUGGCAAUUAAUCAGGUGUAUCCCAUUUAACUGUUCUACUGGUGACAAGUAUAUUUAUUUUCCAAGCAGUUUUUUUCAUCAGUAUCCAUAGUUGGGAGGUCAACACCAUAAUUUUCCCUUGUCAGUUUUAUGUCAGAUAAUGAUGCAUAUUGUUCCCCCCUCCCAUUUUUAAACAAGUUAUAGUGAUUCAGAACAGGAUCUUUCUAAUAAAAGCAAGCCAAAAUGUAUGAAGCAGUGUUGUGAGGGUUUUUACUAUUCCCACUACAUAUUCAAUCUAGUUCCUCUUGAGUUAUGUGAAUUGGUGAUCUUGAUUGAUAAUGGAAGUUCAGCUUCAUUUUGCAGAAGCUUGUAAGUCUGUGAUCUUUUGUUCAAGAGAAGCAGUCUUUAGUGCAGAAAUUGUUAUGUGAUUCCCCAAAAGCUGCUACUAUCCAGAGCACAGGUUUAAAUAUUGGCAGUUCUGUGCAGUCCACCCAGCUAUUUUAACUACAUUAAACUUAAUUUGUACUUCAAACAUUUGGGCUCUGGUUCAGAAUUCUCUCUGUGUGUUCUGAUUUGCACAGAGUCCCCCAUAUGUCGUGAGUGCUUUGCUGUCCUUUCAUUUUUUGAGGUAUUUUUAAAUUUGUAUAUUAAUUGUUUAAUGGAAUUUUAAAAUUGCUUUGAGUUCUGGUUUAGAGUAUAAAUCAAUCCAAACUCCAUGUGUCAGUGUGGAUGUGUAAGGCUCCAACAUUAAAGUCAGCAAGGAAAAAUCUUGUUCACAUGCACAUCUUUAUACACAUCACAGCUUUUGGUGUUGUAAAUCUACCGCUAAAGUGAGGCAAAAUUAUUUUUUCCUUUUCAGAAACCACCUUCUGAUACUACCAGUACAACCUCAUAGUAAAACAACCACAAGCCUAUAAAAUGGGGAGUAAACUAUCUUUUAACUUUGAUAGCAAUGCUGAUGAUUAUGACAGCUGUGAGCUCUGAUUGCUUUGGCUAAAUGUGAUCCCCCUUGUAAUAAACAGCAUGUUGCCCUUCUUUUUCCACCCCUUUUGAUUGAUGGUUUGCAUUUCUGAAAUGUAGUGGUACCUGCUGUUCAUUGGUUAUUCUGUUAUUUAGAAGGUUUACUUUCCCAGUUGCUUUUUUUUGCUGAAUCCAAAGAUUUUAGUUCAACCUUGAUUAAAAAAAAAAAGCAAUCCCAGUUUUUAAAAACUAUGUUUUGAAUUGGCAUUGUCAGGAAUGUUGAUACAAAUGAUACCUAGAAUCAGACGUGCACAAAUAAACCCUCAUUCUAGUGCAGUCCAGUCUCUCUAGAAACUGGAGUGUUGAGUGUACCGUGUGUGAGCUGAUCUAAUAGUACAGCAAAUUAUGGCUGAAUGGGACAAUAAGCUUAGUUUGGUAUUAGUGCCUUCUGACCUAAUUGUCUCUAUAGCAAGUCGGUUCUUACUACAUCUUUAUGGGUUAUCAAACCAAUUUGUAUGUUAUGAUACAUAAAUAUUUUCAGUCUUUGUGAUUUUACUUUAAUUCAGCCUACCUCAACCUGGUGCUUUUCAGAUGUUUUGGACUACUAGCUCCCAUCAGUUCCAGGUUGGGGAAGGCUGUUCAUCUGUAACAAACUAUUUGAAUGUUGCACAGGUCAACACAUUGAAUUUAGUAGCAGACUGUCAUGUGAUAGCACUGCAGCAAUUAUGAAACCAUUCAACUGAGAGCAAUAUUUCUUAAUAUCUCAGGAGAAAGGCAUACAGUAUUGAGAAUUGACUCUAAACUUAGUUUACAUUAAAUACUGCUUGUAAUAAUCGAUCUUUACAUCACAAAAAGCCUCCUGUGGGCUGACAUUAAAAAAGGGUAUGGUCUUGUUUUUCUGUGUUUUUGUUUUGUUUGGAUGGUGUUAAUAAUGUAAAUAAAGGUUUCUAUUUGAAACUGG